CGCCCUCAUUCGCCCGCCCAGGCCCAACUCCUCCAAAUGGAAUCCCUCCGUCCAACACCCGAGCUCGGCCUCCGCAGCCUCUCCUCGGCGCCUCUCUUCGAGCUUCCAAAGCGGGCGCGAGGAGUCCGCAUUCCCUUUCAAUUUCGCUCUGGUCCCAGGCUCCGGAUUCGGUCGGAGAAGAGAGAGGAGUUCCGCGCCUCCGGAUCCGUCGGAUUCGAAAUCGAUGCCUCCGAUGGAGGCCUGGCCAGAGUACUGCGGCAGGCGGCCGCCGGAUUCGCUGCGGCAGCCGCUGCUGCUAUGAUCUCCAUGUACGGCUGUGAUCCUCCGGCCCUCGCGGAGUCCCUCACCGUUGCCUUCCCGGUUUCCAGAGCUCGCGAGGUGAAUACAGUGCAGAGAACUCUGGUGGAGGCUUGGGGCUUGAUCCGUGAGACCUUCAUAGAUCCAACUUUCAACCAUCAAGAUUGGGAUCAAAAACUACAGCAGACUAUGGUGGAAAUGUUUCCACUGAAGUCAGCAGAUGCAGCAUAUAACAAAAUCAGUGGAAUGCUUGCAUCCCUUGGGGACCCAUUUACUACAAUUAUUAGCCCAAAGGAGUAUCGAAGUUUCAGAAUAGGUAGUGAUGGAAAUCUGCAAGGAGUUGGUCUCUUUAUCAACAAGGAACCAAGUUCUGGACGCUUGGUCGUUCUGUCUUGUAUCGAGGGAAGCCCAGCUGAUCGAGCUGGCAUACAUGAAGGGGAUGAGCUGAUUGAGAUUGAUGGAGAGAGUCUUGCUGGAAUUGAUGGUGAGGCGGCAGCUGUGAAGCUUCGAGGGCAUGUUGGAACAAGUGUGACAGUAAAGCUUUACAGAGGGAUGGAUCAUGGAAGCAGCAAUGGUCUUAGAGAGGUGAAACUUUCUCGUGAGUUUAUUAAGCUGUCACCUAUAUCUAGCACUGUCAUCUCUUAUAAAUCAAGCGAUGGACAUGAGUCGAAGACUGGAUAUGUGAGGCUAUCUGCAUUCUCACAGAACGCUGCUGCUGAGAUGCAGAAUGCUAUUCAUCAACUGGAGGUUCAAGGUGCUCAGUCAUACAUACUAGAUUUGCGUAAUAAUCCGGGAGGUUUAGUGAAAGCUGGACUUGAUGUUGCCCAAAUAUGGCUGGAUGGUGACGAAACUCUUGUGAACACUAUUGACCGGGAUGGAUAUUUGUUACCUAUCAAUAUGGUCAAUGGACAUGCUAUAACGCAUGAUCCACUUGUUGUUCUUGUUAAUGAAGGUAGUGCAAGUGCAAGUGAAAUCCUGGCUGGUGCAUUACAUGAUAAUGGUCGUGCUAUUCUCGUUGGACGCAAAACCUUUGGUAAAGGAAAAAUUCAGAGUGUGACUGAGCUUCAUGAUGGUUCGGCACUAUUCGUCACUGUUGCAAAGUACUUGUCACCAGCGCUGCAUGACAUUGAUCAGGUUGGCAUUACACCUGAUGUACAAUGCACUCCGGAUGCACUAACUUUACCCAAAGCAUUGCUAUUGAGAGAUAAGAGCACAACCUCUGCUUUGGAGUCUGAUUCUUGCAUCAUGGUGGCAGAACACGAGUUGGAGAUCCAGCAGUCAAAGGGAACAGCUUCAUGAGUAGAAUCAGAUUUGCGACCAUUCCAGUCUCAAGCAAAUUUAUAUAAUCAGUGAUAAAUAUAAAUAAUGGUAAUUAUCUUUGUAAGCUAGCAUUACAAUGUACGUACCUCAUCUGUUGAAAAACUAUGUUAAGAUCAACAGACCGCAAGUGUAUACACGAAAAGAAAAAGAAAAGGUUAAUGCAUCAUAUAUGCAAUUAGUUAUGAAUUAUUAUGAUGAGAUUUAGCAAGGGAAAAUCCAUACUUUUUAAUGUAAA